GCCAUGUCGUCGACGAUCCUCACGUUGGGAAUCCUUUUCUCGAUCUUUACCGGCCUUGCCGGAGCGCAGCCCGCCUGGGUGAAAGACACAGACGGCCAGCCGCUCAAAGCAGGCACCUACUACUACGUACUACCAGCACAGAGCAGCAGCUUCGGUGGCCUGUACUCAGCCUCCCGCAACCGAGUACAGUGUCCACUUUACGUUACCCAGAUAGACAUGUCUACCGUAGAUGGUGUGCCCGCCAGGUUUGCGCCGGUGAACGGCAUGGACCUGGUUCCGCUGUCGACGGACCUGAACGUGGAGUCCUACAACUCAAACAUAUGCCCGGAUCCGACCGUCUGGACAUUGGCUCCGGUGGAUAAGAAGACCCGUCAGACGUUUGUUAAGUACGGUGGGGUUGCCGGCAGUCCGGGCCGGGCCACAUUGAGGAAUUGGUUCAGGAUAGAGGAGGAAGGUGAGCACUACAAGCUGGUUUUCUGUCCUGCGGUCUGCAAGACAUGCCGGGUUCGGUGCGGAAACCUUGGCGUUUAUCUUGCCCCGAAUGAUGUGCGCUGGCUGGUACUUGGAGGUGACACCUUGCCCGUCAAGUUCAAAAAGUCAGAAAAAAACUGAUGUG